AUGGCAGUUCCCAGGAUGCUUCAAGCCGAAAAUAUACACAAACUCAAGGAUUCCGAUAGUGCUAUCCGAGAAACCGACACCGAUGCCGCACAUUCUCGUCUCUCGGCUGUUCGUCAAGGAUACCUUGUAGACCCAUAUCUCGCCCCCCUAGUUCCACGAGCGCGCUUUGUUCCUACUCGAGCACCACUUAUGAAUGUCGGUACCUACGUUCGAUCUACUGCGAUUGAUAUGCUGGUCGAAAGUUGGUUGAAUUUAGCGGGUGCAAAUACAGAGAAACGGCAGAUUGAUAAGGGUUUCAGGGAGCGUAUCGCGUCAUACGUAGAAUUAGACUUUACAGAGAACACGUCGCGCAAAGCGAAAGCAGUAAUGCAAUCUCAGCCUCUAAGCAACGCGUUGGGUUCCGAUGUCAAAAUAGACGAGAGCGCGGCGGUACGGGUCUUGGUUCAUCUGAUUACCAUCUUAUUCCACUCGACCUUCGAGAAGGGUCUACCCACACUAUUCAUAGCCGAAUGUGUAUUCGUAUAUAUGCCGCCAAGUGCAUCGGGCGCCAUUUUACAGUGGUUCUCGAACACAUUCGGGCGUGCCGCUGGGAUAGUGUACGAGAUGUUUGGGCUCCAGGAUUCGUUCGGUAAAGUGCUGAAGGAUAACCUCAAGGCUCGACAUAUCGAACUUCCGGGCGUGGAUGCCUUUCCAACUCUAAACUCCCAAUUAUCUCGUUAUACAAGCAAUGGUUUCAGUCACUCCAAAGGGCGCACCUUGAAAAGCAUCCGCCGCGAAAACAUACCAGUGUCCGAGUUACAGAGAAUAUCCCGCCUUGAACACCUCGAUGAGAUUGAAGAGCUGGAAUUAGUCUUGGAGCAUUAUUCCAUCACUUGGGGUUACUCAGAUCGAAUCAGUGGUGGGGAGCUUGAAGGGAAUAAUUCACUUGAUCAGUGGGACUUAUCAUUACAAACCCACCCUAUCGAAGAGACCGAGUAG